AUGUCCACCCUCGAGGAGCUUGACGAUCUCGAUCGCCAGGAUCGCGACGACAAGAAGGACAAGAAGAACAACGACCGGAGCGGCGGAGACAAGAAGCAAGAUGGCGACGCUGAGAUGAAGGAUGCUGAGCCGGAGGAGGAGGAUGUGCUCGAUGAGGAGAUCCUCAGCCUGAGCACACAAGACAUCCUCACCCGCAAGCGACUCCUUGAGAACGACUCCAGAAUUAUGAAGAGCGAGUACCAACGAUUAUCACACGAGAAGGCCACCAUGGGCGAGAAGAUUAAGGAGAAUCUUGAGAAGAUCGCCAACAACAGGCAACUUCCCUACCUUGUCGGCAACGUUGUCGAAUUGCUAGAUCUCGACCCGACCGCAGAGUCAUCCGAAGAGGGUGCCAACAUCGAUCUUGAUGCCACCCGUGUCGGCAAAUCAGCAGUGAUCAAGACCUCUACGAGACAGACCAUCUUCCUUCCCCUGAUCGGUCUGGUCGAUCCCAACACCCUCAAGCCCGGUGACCUCAUUGGUGUCAACAAGGACUCAUAUCUCAUCCUCGAUACCCUCCCCGCAGAGUACGACAGCAGAGUCAAGGCGAUGGAGGUCGACGAGAAGCCGACCGAGAAGUACACCGACGUCGGUGGCUUGGCCAAGCAGAUCGAGGAGCUGGUCGAGGCCAUUGUCUGGCCCAUGAAGGAGGCGGAUCGUUUCAAGAAGAUUGGCAUCAAGGCACCCAAGGGCGCGUUGAUGUACGGUCCUCCCGGUACAGGCAAGACCCUCCUGGCCCGUGCUUGUGCAGCCCAGACAGAUGCCACUUUCCUGAAGCUGGCUGGCCCCCAACUGGUGCAGAUGUUCAUAGGUGACGGCGCCAAGCUAGUGCGCGACUGCUUCGCUCUAGCCAAGGAGAAGGCGCCCGCGAUUAUCUUCAUCGACGAGUUGGAUGCCGUCGGUACCAAGCGGUUCGACUCGGAGAAGUCUGGUGAUCGUGAGGUGCAGCGGACCAUGUUGGAGCUGCUGAACCAGCUCGACGGUUUCGCCUCGGAUGACCGCAUCAAGGUCCUGGCCGCCACCAACCGUGUUGACGUCCUGGAUCCCGCCCUGCUGCGUUCCGGUCGUCUGGACAGGAAGAUCGAGUUCCCUCUGCCCAACGAGGAGGCCCGGUCGCAGAUUCUCAAGAUCCACAGCCGCAAGAUGAAGGUGGACCCCAACGUCAACUGGGGCGAGCUGGCGCGGAGCACGGACGAGUUUGGCGGUGCCAUGCUCAAGGCCGUGUGCGUCGAGGCUGGCAUGAUCGCCCUGCGGAUGGGCAAGAACCAGAUCGGCCACGAGCACUACGUCGAUGCCAUCGCCGAAGUGCAGGCCAAGAAGAAGGAGACCGUCAACUUCUACGCCUAA